UCGCCCUUGGGCUGUCUCGCUUGCGCGCGGGGCCGGGGGGGGGUGGGAGAGGGCGGAGGCGCGAGGGUCGCCUGAGGGGAAAAGAGCGCGAUGGCGGCAACGCUGCUCGCUCGCCUGAUAGCCUCGGUAUCCGUGUCUGAGCCACGCGGCGUCCUCAGAUGCACUGCCAUUCCUUCACUGGAAAAAUGUUUUUCAAAAUAUUUUAGUUCUGACAGUUCUCCAAAGCGUCCUCAGUCAUCAUACCUUACUUUUCUAAAUACACAGCGUGACUUUUACAAGAAAAAAUAUCCAGACCUGAACCAUCAUCAGCUGAUGAAAGAGAUAGCGCGUAUCUGGAGGGAAUUACCACAACAUGAAAAGGAACAUUAUGAAGCAAUUGUGAAACCUGAAUGGGAUAAAUAUAAAGAACAAAUGGCCAAAUAUAGAUCUCAGCUAAAUCCUGUAGAGGACGCAGCUUUGAAAGAGGAAAAAAGGAUAAAGAAGGAAAUAAGAAAGCAAGCAAGAAUAAAGAGGGUAGUGUUUACUAUUUUCAUAUCCAAAUAUUUGAGGACAUUGUUGUUGUCCUGUCCAUUUGUUACUGUAGGAAUUGACAGCAUUGGGAAACCAAAAAAAAGUCGGAGUUCCUUCAAUAUUUUUGUUUCUGAACAUUUCCAAGAAACCGAAGCCGCCUCAAGUAAGGAAAGAUUUAAAGCUUUAUGUGAAGAAUGGAAAAAUAUGGCCAGUCCUCAAAAGCAGGUCUACAGCCAGCUUGCAGAAGAUGAUAAGAUUCGCUACGCAAAUGAAAUGAGAUCAUGGGAACAGCAAAUGAAAGCAAGUGGGCGUGGAGAUGUUCUAAAUUAUAAAUUCACAAUGAUACGGAAAACGAAAGAAACCUGAAACAGAACCUUUAAGCUGAAAAUAAAUAUUUGGAAAGCAAUAUUGUUUCAUCAGCAACAAAUAAAACCAGUGCAAGAGUAAAGCCAUCUGAGGAAUAAGUUUUAAAAUGUAUUACGUUAUUCCUGACUGCAAGUGAAAGUCAUUUGUCAUUUAUUGAGGGUUAUUCCCCAUAAAUACAAGUAUUUUCCUUUUUUUUGUAAACAGUCAAGCAUUUAUAAUCAAGUUUGUGGAAAUUUAAGUGAUUGCUAAUCAUGAGAACGGUUGUAUUUUUUUUUCUGGACAUAGGAUUUUUUUUUUAAUUAAAACACCUUGAAGUAUAAA